AUGGGAACUUUCCCGGCGGCCUUCUCGCCGGCGUUAGGGUGCACCGGCGGCCUCGAAGCGUGGCAGACGCACCGGCCGGAGCGGAGCAGCGAUUUGGGCGACUCCGAGCCGCUGCUGCUGGAGGAGGAGGACGAGGCGGAGGACGGCGGCGAUGGCGAUUUCCGGGCGGAGAGGAAUGCCCUGAUCUUCGGCGGCGCCGAGGCGCGGUGGUACUCCUCGAUCAGAUUCGCCAGAUCCUCGUCGGACGUGACCGACACGAGCGCGUCCAGGUCCUCCGUAGGCAAUUGGCACCUCAGAUUCACGGAGGCGCCACACAUCUCGGCCAGCUUCACAACCAGCUCUGCAAACAGGGGAAUCGAACCGAAAAUAUAUCAGUAA